CUGGCCACAGCCGCCGCCGGCGCCCAGCGAGCCCCGGCAGCUUGGGUAUCACAUGACUCGACGGCGGCGGUAGCCGUGGCAGCGGGUUCCCGAGUGGGCUCGGUUCCACUCACGCAGGAGGCGAGCGCGGCCGGCGGGGCGUGGACCUACAGCAGCUGCGGCGUCUCCCCUCACGCGGCCGGCGCUCUCCAUGCCGCUCCGUGGCGGAAGUGCAGCAGGGGGAGGCGGCGGCGGCGAAGACUCGGAGCGCGGGAGGCCCGGGCUCGGCCCCCUGCAGCACUAAGCUCCGGGGAGCGCGCCACACGCCCCGCGGCCCGGCCGCCCGUGCGCCCUGGGCAGCCUGCAUGCCCCGCGCUGUGCAGCGCUCGGCCGCCGCCGCCUGCUCGCUCCACUGCCGCCGGGCGCCCGAGUAAUAUGCUCACUCGAGUGAAAUCUGCCGUGGCCAAUUUCAUGGGCGGCAUCAUGGCUGGCAGCUCCGGCUCCGAGCACGGUGGCGGCGGCGGCGGCGGCUGCGGAGGCUCGGACCUGCCCCUGCGCUUCCCCUACGGGCGGCCGGAGUUCCUGGGGCUGUCUCAGGACGAGGUGGAGUGCAGCGCCGACCACAUCGCCCGCCCCAUCCUCAUCCUCCGGGAGACCCGGCGGCUGCCCUGGGCCACUGGAUACGCAGAGGUGAUCAAUGCUGGGAAGAGCACACACAAUGAAGACCAAGCCAGCUGUGAGGUGCUCACCGUGAAGAAGAAGGCAGGGGCUGUUACCUCAACCCCAAACAGAAACUCAUCUAAAAGACGAUCCUCUCUGCCCAAUGGGGAAGGGCUGCAGCUGAAGGAAAACUCGGAAUCAGAAGGUGUCUCCUGCCACUACUGGUCCCUGUUUGAUGGCCAUGCGGGGUCUGGGGCUGCAGUGGUGGCUUCCCGCCUGCUGCAGCACCACGUCACAGAGCAGCUGCAGGACAUCGUGGAGAUCCUCAAGAACUCAGCCAUCCUCCCACCCACCUGCUUGGGCGAGGAGCCUGAGAACACACCCGCCAAUAGCCGCACUCUGACCAGGGCCGCUUCACUACGUGGAGGAGUGGGGGCCCCAGGCUCUCCCAGCACCCCACCCACGCGCUUCUUCACAGAAAAGAAGAUCCCACAUGAGUGCCUGGUCAUAGGGGCACUGGAGAGUGCCUUCAAGGAAAUGGACCUACAAAUAGAGCGUGAGAGGAGCUCCUUUAAUAUAUCUGGAGGCUGCACAGCCCUCAUUGUGGUUUGCCUGUUGGGGAAGCUGUAUGUGGCAAACGCUGGAGACAGCAGGGCCAUCAUCAUCAGGAAUGGAGAAAUCAUCCCCAUGUCUUCAGAAUUCACCCCCGAGACUGAGCGCCAGCGACUGCAGUACCUGGCAUUCAUGCAGCCUCACUUGCUGGGAAAUGAGUUCACACAUUUGGAGUUUCCAAGGAGAGUACAGAGAAAGGAACUUGGAAAGAAGAUGCUCUACAGAGACUUUAAUAUGACAGGCUGGGCAUACAAGACCAUUGAGGACGAUGACUUGAAGUUCCCCCUUAUAUACGGAGAAGGCAAGAAGGCCCGAGUGAUGGCAACUAUUGGCGUGACCAGGGGACUUGGGGACCAUGACCUGAAGGUGCAUGACUCCAACAUCUACAUUAAACCGUUCCUGUCUUCGGCUCCAGAGGUAAGAGUCUAUGAUCUCUCCAAAUAUGAUCACGGAGCUGAUGAUGUCCUGAUCUUAGCCACUGAUGGACUCUGGGAUGUUCUAUCAAAUGAAGAGGUAGCAGAAGCAGUCACUCAGUUUCUCCCUAACUGUGACCCUGAUGAUCCUCACAGGUACACACUGGCAGCUCAGGACCUCGUGAUGCGUGCCCGGGGGGUCCUCAAGGACAGAGGAUGGCGGAUAUCUAAUGACCGACUGGGCUCAGGAGAUGACAUUUCUGUAUAUGUCAUUCCUUUAAUACAUGGAAACAGACUGUCAUGAAAACGAUCCAGGGGACUGGAAGGACAGAAGGGAAGAAAGCUGCAAAGCCCUCCUGGCAGGGCGGGACUGGUAGUUCCAGGUGAUGCAGCCCCUUCCCGGCCCAGGUGGGGAGUUUGCUGCUGAAGGCCUCCGGCUGGGCUUCAAGAGGGCCUUUAGUCACAGAUCUGGAUACUCAUCAAGAGUGAAACAUAAAGGCUGCUAUUAAGUG